CUAUAAUCAACGGCGCGGACACCGAGCCCUUCCAUGAAGCGUGAGGAAUAUAGCGUUAUAACUUAUCCAAUGGCAGUUCGACUUUAGAGAAUGGACGAGGUUAAGAGACUUUUGCAGAACCUUCCACGAGUGCUCGCGCUUGACCCACAAAGCGAGCGAGUUGUCGACUACAAAAGCAAGCUGGCAGCAAAUGUGAAACGUGCGCUCCAGAUUGGUGCUUCCCCGCGAAGGGCUUUCGAUGUCCUCGCAUGUGCGUUCGGGAUGCACACAAUGUGGCCCGAGGUCGAGCGAGAGCUUGUUGGCACCGGACGCAUCAACGCCAAUUCCCCCGUGUCGCUGCUGGAGUUCCCGGUAGCGGCCUGCUUCCUGCACUGGAAGCUGCUGCAGGCGCCCGAACCGCCCCCCAUCCGAGCGAGGCGCGGCUGCGACGCCGGCGGCGCGGGUGGCUGUGUCGGCCCAGUAACUCUAGAGGAGCUCCUGCGCGGCGGCCUGGCCGGCACAGCGGCGGCCGCUGGUCCUCCGGCUCCAGAUGUCCACGUGAAGGCCCGCGGCGACGAGCUGCGAGCCACCUACAUGCUGGAGGCCCUGCCGCUAUUCCUUGAGGCUGGGUACGACCCCCGCGCCCUGGACUACCACGGCAUGAGUGUGGAGCGCAUGCUAAACGAGGGCUACGCCACCUACACCCGCGCCGCCGGCCUGCAGCGGAGCGGCAGCGGCUCAGACGCCGGCUGCCGCCAGAUGCAGGCCGCGAUCCAGUCCUGCCUGCGCUUCUGCGCGAGCGCGGCAGGCGGGGCUGGGACAGGCGCCGGGGCUGGGACCGGGGCUGGGGCCGCGGCUGGGGCUGCAGGCACAAGGGGUGGGGGUGGUGCUGCUGCUACGCAGGCGGGUAUGGCGGGUGCGGCGGCUCCGGGUGUGAACCCGUACGCGCCGCAACCGCCACAGACGCCAGUGCGGCCCGGCGCCAGGCCGCCUGUGCCGGAGCCGCCCACGCCAGACCCCGGGGCCCGACCGGGCAAGCGAGCCAGGACGGAAACAGGCGAGGCUCCCGGGCAUGCGAGGUCAGCUGCCGCCGUCGCUGCGGCAGCGGCCGCAGACGCACGGGCGGCAGCGGCACGUGGCGGGGCAGCCCCCGCCGCUCCUCCUCCACCACAACCAGAACCUCCAGUGUUCGCGCCCGCCUUCGGCGCUGCUGCGUGCGGCAGCGCCGCUACCGCUGCCUCCGCUGCUGCCGUCGCCGGCUUUGCAGGGGGCCCCUUCGGCGGCCACCCUCCCCACGGCGAUGACGCUAGCUCCUCCGACCCAGAGCUCGAGCCGGCGCCGGGGCCGCUCCCUGGCGGCCGCAGCGCGCGGGCCAAGAUGCGAUUCGGCAAGUACGCGGGCGAGCUUCUCACAGACCUGCCGCCGCCCUACAUUGCGUGGAUGUGCUCCGAGGAGGGAUUCUUCGACAGCACCAAGAAGGGCCAGACGCUGCGGCGGCACCUGCUGCGGCUGGGCCGGGUGCGGGAGGAGCCGGGCGGGCGGGUGGUGCCGUCCUGGUUCAGCCAUUCGGGAGCAGCCGCAGCGGCAGGCGGCGGCGGUGGGGCCGCUGGAGCGGGUGGGGGAGGAGCAGCGGCGGCGCCAGGUACGCCAGCUCGGGGGCGGCAGCACGGCGCAGGUGCGGGUGGCGCUGCCGGUGCGGCGGGGGCGGCCGGAGCGGCAGUAGCAGGCGAUGCUGCUACAGCCACGAUGCAGUUCGGCAUGUACACGGGGGAGCGACUCGAUGCGGUGCCGUACAGCUACGUCAAAUGGAUGUGCGACACGGCCGGAUUCUUUGAUGCCUCGGACCCGGGAAAGCGGCGGCUGCAGCGGCAGCUGCUGCAGCUGGGGCGGGUGCGGCGGCGGGUGGGUGAGGACGACGAGGAGGAGUGGCCGUUGGAGCCGGUGCGGCGGCCGCAGGACGGAUAUGCAGAUGAAGACGAGGAGUACUAGUGGGGUGGGAAGGCGUUGGGAAGGUGUUGAUGUUGGCAAUGGAGGUGUUGAAUCAGUUCUGUCGGGCUAGAUUGCGCGGCGCAGACGACUGGGAGAGUGCGUGAGCGGGUGUGAGCGGCUGUACCUGAGGGCCAAGAUGAUUUUUGGAGUGUUGUGCAGUGUUGGCAGUUGGCCACAUGAUGGCUGGACUAGUGGACUGCAGGAUGUUGCGAGCUCACUGUGGAUUUACCCCCUCACGCACCGUGAUCACUGACAUUGCGAUGCCUCGAACCGCUGAUGUGCGCCCGUGCGGAACUGUGCACAACCGUGCAUGCAUUCAUGACCGUGCAUACCUGUGUAUUGCCACCUGUGCGUGUUUGUAUAUGCGCGAUAACCGUGUGGAAUGACAGCGGGGACAAAUAAAUGACGCCCACCAUUUGGCAACGUCGUGGCGCCGUUCAUGCAGAACUUCCUGAGCACCUGGGUGGACACCUAUAACGCUGACUCUCGACGGUCAGGUGGUCAUGCGCAUGAACAACCAGAAGUAGCAGU